UACUCCAAAAUCCUGCAACUGCUUUGGAAAACUGGUGGCCAACGCACGAGCGGCGGCGAGCCCAAUCUCCAUCCUUAUUCCGACUUCACAGCAACCACCGGAGCCGCCGAUCAUGGAGUCCUCGCCGACGUCGUACAAGAAGGCCACGGCGGCGCUGGACGAGGCGGCGAGGGCGCGGCUGCGCGGCCCGUUCUUCGGCGGCACCACGCCGUCCGCCGCCGGACACGAGGACGCCCACGACGACGACGGCCUGGUGGAGCUGGUGGACGAGUUCUACAACGGAUACGGCGAGGACGCCGUCACCAAGGAAGCUGUGGCGCCGCGGCCCGCUACCACGUGGGCUGACGCGCUGCGAGCGGCGCGGAUCCGCGCCGCCGUGGGUGCGGGGCCGAACGUCGCUGGCGGUGAAGGGGUCAGGAAGCACGUCGCCGACAGGCUCCGUGCGAGAGGGUUCGAUGCCGGCGUCUGCAGAUCGUCGUGGGAAAGAAGCAGCAGCGUGCCGGCGGCGGGCAGCCACGAGUACGUGGACGUGGUGAUCGCAGCGGGCACGUUGACGUCGCGGUACAUCGUCGAGGUCAACAUCGCCGCCGAGUUCGAGACUGCGAGGCCCAGCGCAGAGUACCAGCAGCUCCUCCUCGCCCUCCCCGCGGUUCUCGUGGCGACGCCGGAGACGUUCAAGGAGGUCGCCGCGGCAAUGUGCGCGGCGGCGGCGGAGUCCAUCCGAGGCGCGGGCAUGCACGUGCCGCCAUGGAGGCGCGCGCGGUACGUGCAGGCCAAGUGGUCCGGCAAGUACAAGCGAGCGGCGCCCGUGGCCUUGGCCGUGGCCGCGCCGUCGGAGACGCCGUGGGAGGGAGGGGCGAGCAGCACUGCAGCGGCCGAAGCUCGCCUGCGCCGCAGCGUGCCGGCGUCCGGCGGCCGGAAGCAUUGCGGGAUGGAGAUGGGCCGCAGGGAGAUGGCGUUCGGGAGCACGAGGCCGCUCAUGUUCAGAGGAUUGUGACACGCCGCUGGUGCACGCACUGACGACGCGUCCGAUGAUACGAUCGGAUGAGACGACUGUUUGUUUUUUAUUUUUUGGCCUCUUGGGCUUGCCAACUAUGGCAAUUCCUUUAUUUUUGUAUACGUAUCUUCUUCUCUUGUGGAUGGCCUGUAGGCUGUAGGGUUCUUGCUGGUCAGGGGUUGCGUGGAAGUGUAUGUUUUGGGAGGUUUAUCUGACCAGUGAAAAAUAAUCAAUUGUAAGGCACAUAUCCGAUCGAAUUUAUCUGAAUAAAAUGCAAGUACUCCCUUCGUUUC